GUACUAGAAAGCAGGAUCUUCCACUGAGCACCUGAACGCAGCACGCGAACACCAGCGUUGUAGAGAGGAGGAGAGGAGAGGGGAGAGAGGGAGGCAUAUCAAGGAGAAGCAUGAAGUAUAUCCCCGAUAUCUAAGCUCACAGAGGGGGAGAGCAUCUCGUCCUCCCUCGCUCUUUAGGGGCCGACUGGAAGCGGAGGGAGGCAGCGAGGCGGAGGGCAGCAUGGAGGAGAAGAAGCAGUUUCUUUGUGGGGUGGUGGAAGGUUUCUAUGGGAGGCCUUGGACUAUGGAUCAGAGGAAGGUUCUCUUCCAAUGGAUGCAGAGUUGGGGGUUGAACACCUACCUGUACGGCCCAAAGGAUGACCUCAAACACAGACUACUGUGGAGGGAAGUCUACUCUCACGAGGAGGAGGGUCAGUUGCGUAUUCUCAUAAAGGAGGCCCAGUCGAGAGGCGUAACGUUUGUUUACGCCCUCUCCCCUGGUCAGGACAUCGUCUUCUCUUCUUCCUGUGACCUGACACUGCUCAAACGCAAGCUGAGACAGGUAUCAGACCUGGGUUGCCAGGCUUUUGCCAUCCUGUUUGAUGACAUCGACCAUUCCUUGUGUCAGGCUGACAGCGAGGCCUUCUCUUCCUUUGCUCAUGCUCAGGUCACUAUAACCAAUGAGAUCUAUCGCUUCCUGGGGGAACCACCCGUCUUCCUAUUCUGCCCCACAGAGUACUGCGGUUCUCUGUGUUCUCCCAGUGUAUCAAAGUCUCCCUACCUGCAGACUGUGGGAGAGGACCUGCUGCCGGACAUAACAGUGAUAUGGACGGGCACUAAGGUCAUCUCCAGGAAGCUGUCUGUAGACUGCCUGUCUGAGGUGGAGUCUGUCCUCCAGCGCCCCCCCCUCAUCUGGGACAACCUGCACGCGAACGACUACGACUCCAGACGUCUCUUCCUGGGGCCUUUUAAGGGCAGAGAGCCUCAGCUGAGGAGCAACCUGAGAGGCCUGCUUCUCAACCCCAACUGCGAGUUUGAAGCCAACUACAUCCCUCUCCACUCACUGGGCAGCUGGUACAGGUCUGGAAAGGAGGAGAGGAAAGAUGAAGAGUGUGAAUACUGUCCUGAUAGAGCGCUGUCUGCUGCACUACAUGAUUGGAUGGAGGAACUCAACCAACCACUACAAGCAGGUCGGCAGAGCAGCCGAGCAGACCAGCGUUCCUCUGCUCAAACACCUCGCUGUAAAACUCCAGACCGAUCCGACUGCCCCCCUACCCUCGUGGACAGGCUUCCUGUUUUCCCUCUGAACUCCAGCUCGCCUCCGUCCUCACCCACUAAGGUCAAGGUGGAGACAGAGGGGGAGAAGAAGAGAUCAAACCAACCCCAAGGACCCAGGCCUGGAGCCCCCUCAGGGGGAAGCAGGGGGCAAAAGGCCCAGGGGUGGGGGCUUGGUGGUGGGAAGGGCCUCCUGAGUGAGUCCCAGGUGCGGCUGCUGGUGGGUCUUUAUUACCUGCCCCACGAGUACGGCCUGUCGGGACAGAAACUGCUGCAGGACCUGAGCUGGCUGAAAGCAAACUGCCACCUGGUCAGUGCCAACAGCAAGAAGACAGCGCCUCAGAAGAUCGAUGAGUGGCGUGGUCGGUCCUCUAGGGUCUUGUCCCUGUGUGAGGACAUAGCACAGCUUCACUGCAGCGUGGUGGGGGGGGCCAACAGGGCGGUGCUCUAUGACCUUUACCCCUAUGUGUGGGACCUGAGGAACACAGCUCUGGUGGCUAAAGCCUUCAUAUGCUGGCUGGAUGGGCGAGUGUUGAGUGACAGCUCCGCCUUGGGCACCUGGAAGAACUGCUUUCACUUGUGUGGGAAAACCCCAGGGGCGGACCUACUGGGAGUUGAAUCAGAACCAUGGGCGUUUAAAGGGGGCGUGUCUGGGGAGGUGCAGAUGCUUCUCCCAAUAGGCAGCAGCAGUGAACUCUUCACUCAUCCUCCUCCUCUCUUCCCCACCUCUCGUCUCUAUAACAUCAGGCCCUAUCACAGCAAGGACAAGUUGGAGUUGUAUCGGAUGGUGCGCCAACUCCACCUGAGGACUCAGGGUGUCCAAGAGUCCAGUGCUCUUCACCCAGAUGUGAUAGGAGACAGAUGUCUCGGGCCGUGCCUGGUGUUGUCCCCGGAGUACUGCUUCAUCCUGGAGGAUGAGCUGGGUGUGUGUGGCUGUGUGUUGGGCAUCUUGGAUGUCCGCAUGUUUGCCAAGCGGUGCCAGGCCAGCUGGAUGCCGGCCAUGAGGGACAAAUACCCAACUAAAGGGGGCAACACACACCCCAACCCACAGGACUUGAUCCAGCUGAUGGAGGAGGACCAGGGGGAGUACCCCGAGUCCCUCCUCUUUCACUUCCCCUCUCAGCUGCGCCUGGACGCCCUGCCGGAGCUGGUGGACGUCAGCGUCAGCCGGACUCUGCUCACCGCCAUGCUAACUGCCCUCAAGGCCAACGGUUCUCAGGGUGUGUUCUGCGAGGUGCAGCCGACGGACCGUCAGAGGCUGGAGUUCUUGACCAAACUGGGCUUCCUGGAGAUCCUCAGGGGAGAGGCCAGGAGCAGAGAGGGGGUGGUGCUGGGGAGGCUGCUCUGAACACACACACACACACACACACACACACACACACACACACACACACACACACACACACACACACACACACACACACAGAGAGAGAGAGAUCUGCAGACAUACAGUUGAUACAUAGAGGCACUUACACACAAUACAAUGUUACAACACAGUGCAUUUAGUACAGCAUAGAGAAGGAAGGGUGUGUAUUUCAAAGUCAAGAGAAGAAAAAAAAGGGACAAUCUUGGAGUCAGUGUGGCAGCGGUAAUGGGGAUGAAUGGAGAUUUUUGAAGGAUUUACAAACUAUAAAAAUAAGCUUAGAGUUUAAAACUUCAGCAGAGCAUUGCUAAUCUUCCACGUCCUGGCUACGGAUUACAAGACUUAGUCAAGUGUGAGAACUCUGGGAGCAGAGCAGCAGAUCACAGCAGCUACAGCUCUGUGGCACACAUCAUUAGCUCCUCCAGGAUAUUGGCUCAGUGAUUGGUUUGUUUGUCGGUAAAACUACUGGCUCCAUGUUCUUGAAAUUGAAUGGAAGCGUGUACCAUUGACUAAGAAACCACUCAUUACAUUGUAGGGCAUGGAAUGUCUGAAUGAUUUAAACAAUCACCUAUCGACUAGGAACAUUUGUUGGAAAACUUGAAAAAAGCUAUAAAUGUCUUUGUUUAGCGCACUGAGCAAUACAAUUGAACAUAUCUUCUUUGUUGCGAUGGUGUUUUUUUUCUGGUCUAAAAGCUUAUGAACACCAGUAGUUGGUCACACCAGUUACUGUUUGUAACUCCCAGCAAGAAAGGUGAUGGUAUUUCUUACCAUUUCUAACUGCUUCUUCAAGAUGAUUUGGACUCCUCCCCUCUUGUAAAACCAAAGUUAAGCUGCCGCCGUGGAUCUGGUGCUCCGCUCCCUUUGUUCAUAAGAGAUAGCGUUUUUCUUUAAUAGUCAGGAUGUUGUUUCCUAGCUGCUGUCCUGUUGGUUAGAUAGAGUCUGCUAUCAGACUGACCCAGGCACAGCGUCACUGUUGUUUACACUCGACUAGUAUAGAUGAAUGUUUACAUGCAUGAAAAAACUCAACAUUGUGUGGCUGUAACGUAAGAUUACGUGUAUACUGACAUCAACAAUAACAGGCUUUUACAUGGCGCCAUUAAUGAAGAUGUUUAUUGAGCUUUUACAGCCAAAAAGCAAAUGCAUGCAGGCUCACAUUCAUCAGAAAAACAACAAGAAAAGUUCAGAUUGUGAAUAAAACACACACACACACAUAAACCCUGAGGUUAAUUGGAUAUAUCAUAUACUUCCCUAACUUCAGAAUGCAUCACUAGUGAGUGUGUCUGGUGCAUACAUGUGUACUUUGUGCAUGGUGAGUGUGUGUUUGUGAUAGACUGCCUUCAUUCUGACCGAUAACGAACACAAGCAUACACACACAAACACACAGUCAUAUUAAAGAAGCACAAAAGCACUCACAAUCAAACCUUCAACUGAAAGUACAUACAACUACGAAUGUUCAUUUUUUGUAAAGCAGCUUCAAGGACACAAGUACUAUUUGUGCACGUAUUUAUAUUUCUACCUUUUUUUAAUUUAUUAAUAUUAUCAUGCUUGAUCAAUCACAGACUGAGAGGCACUUUUGUAUGUUUCGUCUCAUUACAUCACCAUUGUCUGUGAGGUAGAUCUUGAUCAAAUAAUGAAGACCCAAUAAUGAUGUAGAUAAAGAAAUCCUGAAAAGCACUGAGACAGAAAUGCAUGAUUCAAAGAACAUUCUUAGAAAACGUUAUUGUUGAAGUAUGUCACUUCACUUGAGAAUCUUUUUAAUAAACUUUAAAUAUGAUUUUGUUUUGUUGUUUACAUUAGGCUGGUGUGGAUGCUUUGUGUGUUGAUGGGGACUUGUGUGUGUUUGGGAAUGUAGAUGUUUUGGGGAAAUAAUCAUCUACACAGGCAAAAUGAAGCACUGUGAAAAGUCUCACAAUUAACACCUUCACUUUUUCAUUUAAGAAGAUUUCAAUGUAUUAAUAACAUUAAAAAUAAUGAUAAUAAUAAU